AGUUGACCUUAUGUUGGAAAUUGCAAUUCAUUAUAAUUGAUGCCAUACUUAAGUAUAUUAGCUACGAUGAUGUAGAUCCUGUUGUCACGGUAGCCUUUUCAAUAUCUCGCUUCUGAUAAUCGAUUAAUGGCAGUAAAACUAUGUAGACUAGCCUUUCACAAAAGUUGAACUAAAAUAACAAUGAUUUUACUAUUAUGGUUGAGAUUAGGUAUGGUAUUAUCGGAACUUACUGGAGAUAAUCACACGUCAUCAGUUAAUGACACGAAACAGGAUGAUGGAGCUAAAUUAAGUAAUGGUCUAUUUCACAUAUUUCGAAAUCCACGAGGUGUAAAUUUCGCCUUCCGUACCAAUUAUAGAUGUGAUAUUUAUCCCCCGGAUUACCGUAAUGCUGAAAACAUAACACUCCUAUGCGGUCACCGAAAGUUAAAAGAUGGUGACCCGUUAAAGGUUUCAUUUUCAUGUGAUGUCGUCACGUUAUGGAAGAACCCUGGAAAGUGGCACUGUUCAGUAUACGUUAAUCCACUGAAAACACAAGUUGAAGCUUUAAACUUACAAGUUGGACAACCUGAAACUAUAUCAAUCACGUUGCAUCAGUCUGAAGGUGGAGAGGAUAUUGUUGUUACACAACGAUCAGUGACUAUAAGGUUUUUCAUCAAACAUACGAAUAUAAAUAGCGAUUUGUAUUACCAUUUGCUAACAUUCUGGAACUAUAUCACAGGCUUCAAGAAUGACUAUAAGCACAAUCCAAGCUCACUUGAAAAAUUGAUUAAAGGAGUAUAUUCAAACAACGAAUCCACUACUGUGACAAACAUUAUAGAUGAAAAAAUUGAUUGCUUAUUAAGUCAACAUAGUGCGCGAAUUUGUGAUCUUGAAGUAGUAGGUAACGGUCGUUUGAAUGUACCUUUUGACCCAGAUAAAGCUCUAGUAUCAUUGGAUAUCAGUGAUAAUGCCAAUGAAAUGCCAGGUAGCAUGACUGACCUAAAGUUAGUCAUCAAUAAUAGUGCUGUUCAGGAUGGUACUAUAAGACAAAUAUCAAUAUAUGUUGACGGAAUACGAUAUGGCCUUUUACCACAAACUGUAGAUAUUGGGAGAUUGAUGAAGAGGUCGGAAAGUACAAAUGAAUAUGCACCUAUUAUAUUAAGAACCCAUAAUGAAGAGUCAGGUUAUGAAAGUUUUGUAGUUGUCCAAUUUACCAAACGUGCUCCGCGAAGUAAAAAUCUUUUGAUCGUAUCAACAGAGCCUGGUGAUGCUGAGUUCAGCAAGAUAGAGGAGGUGGAUUCAUUUGGGUAUAUAAACAAUCUGAAUAUAACAAAAGGCACAUUGCGCACUAUCAUACGUAGAGGCAUGAUAAAAGAAACUCGCUUUACCUUGAGAGCAGUUCAAGCUCCAAUCAUAUUUAUAGAUAUCGUAGACCCAAGUGUAGAAGUUACCAUUGACGGCAUGAUUGUUAAAACUACGUGCUAUAAGUUUAUACUCCUAAAGAACAACUCUAAGAUAGACAUUAAAGGCAGCAGGUUCAAAAAGUCCAUUUGGCUGGAAUAUAGAAGCAAUAGUGUAUAUACGUUUGUUGAUGAGAUUAUAAGAUGCCUAUAUAUAUGCAUCCACAUUAUAUUGGAUGGCUGUCUUUAUUUUAUUGAUUCUCUUACCUCCUAUAAGUUAUUCGCAUUGCCAUUGGACCAUCAAUCUGAACAUAUAAUAAGCGACGCUAUAAUUCGUAAGUUAUCUUUAUGCAGUAAAGAUUUAGAGACUACAAGACGACUGGCAAUAUCGAUGUUGCUAGACCUAUUGGUAUUAUGCGCAACUUUUUUACUUGGGCUAUUAUACAUUCUACCUAGAUACUGCCUUCUGAAAUUUCGUAGAUAUUUACAAAAACGAACUGCAAUUAUGGCUUUCCUAUGUAAUGUGAUAUCUGCGUUAAUCUUGAUUGAGUAUAUAGGGGCAUUCAACAACGAAGAGAAGCACGUUCACAUUCUAGGUAACUUAGUGCCUUUUGUUUAUUUUAGGUACAUAUCCUUGGUUUGCGCCCUAGUGGCCUCUAUCACAGCUAUUCGAAUGUCAUGGAGGAUAUUAAGGAUUUUAGUUCAUAGUGGUGAUCAUAGGUACACUUCUUCGUUUUCAUGUAAGCUUGGUGAAAUGGACCCAGGUGACAAGGGGUACCAUUCAUUUAUAGAGUAUGGAAAAAUCUAUAAAAUGAAUUUUACUAAAAGAUACUUUACAAACUACAAUAACGCAAUAGAUGAUGGUGCGGUUGAAGUUGAAAUAGAGAAAAUUGUUUCAAUCCUAUCAGAUGGAUGUUAUGGUAACACCAACAUCACCUUUAGAUUAUGUAGAACGGAUUUACGUGGAUUCGAUGACAAUCUGUUCUUAAGUUAUGUAUCUUUAAGGAAUCUUGAACUUAUUUCUCUAAUGAAACGAAAGAUAAUUGUGCGGUGUACCACUAAUAGCAUUGACACCAGUUUACGAAAGUGUGAUGGGCUGCUUCUAGGUCUAUAUAUAGGGACAACAUUUUGUGAUCUUUUAAUAGCCAGUUUGCUGAUGAUUGCAAAAGCCUGGACACAUUCACUCCUGCCAGUAACACUUCUCCUAAUGGUAAUCAAGUUUAUCACAAUCCUAUUUGCAACGCUCGCUCGUUACAGCAAGCUCACAACGGGACAUUUACAAAUUACUAAACAAAGACCAGAUUCUUUCUUUUCUUUGUGUCGAAAGGAUAUCUUACUUUUGGGGUUAGUUGAAAAAUGCUGUCGUACGCUUGCCUUGAUUGCCUAUAUGAUCGCUUACAAGAUCGAUGCCAGAUCUUCCCGGACAUACAUAAGCAGUAUAUUAAAGUUUUGGUUAUUUAGUGCCACUCUUAAUGCAAUGUUUCCAGUACCACAUGUUCGACAAAGUCUCGACUUCUUAAAAUCCAUUGGCGGAAAACUCCAUCUAACAUGGCUAUAUGUCAAAAGCAUAUACAAUUUUUUGCGAUUUCGUUGGUUUAAAGAUAGCAUGAGGUUUAUUAAAUGGUGUAUGCCCGAAAGGCUGCGUAUGUAUUUCGUCACUUUCAAGUUGAAUUGUGGAAAACGAACCCCCCGAUGCAUGGAUAUUACAGUACUCCAAUUUUAUAUAUUGGACCGAUUUGGUAACUUACUUGCUUUACAAUCGCCUUUAAAAGUUUGCAAAACGUUAUUUAUUUACCCAUCGGUGAAUAUUUGGCUGCGCGAUUUGUUACCAUCUUAUUAUACCCCCUAUGCUUAUCAACAUUUGGAUAGAUCUAGCAACACAGUCAAGGAUAUCAAGAGUAAUAGAUCGCCAAAUAGAAAUGAAGAAGGCUGUAACUCUUUGAAUUUAUUGGGUCAUGGACAUCGACGGGAUGAUAUUGAAUCGCACUGUGGUAAGAAAGUGCUGAACUAUGAUGACCAAUGGCUUAAUUAUAAUCCAGCCCUGAGCGAUAGCAGCGAUAGUUCUAUUACGGACCCAAAUGAGAACGACGUUACAGUCUUUGCGGUUAAAGCAACGAAACUGGCAGUGGACGAACGGUUGUUUGGUAUUGUGGAAUGGCGAACGCCAAUGGGAUGGGAAACCAAAGGGUACCAUUACAUCUUAACCAAGAACGUAGCGGUUCCAUAUAUAAAAACAAAACCAUUAUAUCUAAAGGUUGGAUCAUUGAGGCUAGUCCCUUCUGCUGGAAUGCCCAAGGUGUUAACAAAUGUUGUAUACGACAUCCAAAAAGAAAUACUUACCAUAGUGACUCCUAUGAUAAACUUAAAAGAAUUAUACACAGUGACUUGUUUUGUUGACGGGAAGUGUGAUAAUGAAUUCACCACAAUUAUUUGCCACGCUACUUGUAAGGCCGUGGGAGAGUUGAUAUUUCACUAUGAUGAGUAUAUCGACGAAACCACAAUAUCAAGGUUGAUAGCUACUGGAACUAAUGAUCAAUCCAAGGUUUACUGCAGUGAUAUUACAUUGACCCAUGACGGGCAUAUUCGCUAUGCCACUCUAAAACACCCAGAGUUCAUACCUAAUGAAGAAUAUACCAUAACUUAUCAAGUAGCUCAAUAUGCAUCAGGGCUCUAUUUUGUCUACAAUGGACCCGCAGAUAAUGUGUUCAGAGAAAUUCGUAUACCAAUAGCAGUGAAAGAUGAUGGCUACUACGAAUUUGUUAUAUCUGACAAAUCAGGUUUAUCGCAUAGAAUAAAGCCUGUUAAUAUCACACUAAAAGAUACGUAUAGCUUUGGUAUGAAAUCAUGCAUAGUCAACGUCUUCCCAAAGAUCGAUAUUAACUACCCUGGGAUAGGGAAGGCCUUGCUCACUGGAAACGCAUUUUACUACCAGAGCACCAAUGACCACAAAGGAAAUGGGAGCCAAGCAUUAAAUUAUCAAUGUACGCUCAAAACGAAAAACAGCCAGUAUAUACUUGGUGAUAACAUGAGUUUCUUGGUACCCAUCACAGUAAUAUCUAAAGUCGCAUCCUUUGAUGGAGAAGAACGAUUUCGUGUUAUACCACAUUAUAACAUUCUUGCAUAUGAUAUACUACAUCGUAUAACCGAAUUGAAAGUUGCGCUAGGAUUCCUUGAAUCAUAUUUCAUUGCAUCAAAAAAGACAAAUUACGACGAUUCAAAUGCUGAAGACGACAUCGAUGCUAUUGAAGGUUCUUAUAGUAAAAUGUCUUACUUAUCGCCUAAUAUUCUCUUGGAUGGCUUUUACGGUGAGAGCGACGCCGUUCCUCAAUCGACAUUUGAGCAAGUUAUGGGUGCGCUAUUCAGUGAAGAAACGCUCCAAGAGUUCAAUAAACACCUUAAAAGUUACCAACAAAAUAAAACAUUAUUUUUUGCAUCGAUACAGCUGGUAAUGAAGUUCUGCAUCGACCAGUUGACUGAAGCAUCGGAAAUCCUAUUAAGACAGGACGAUCUGACCCGGGAUGAAUCACUUAGGUUAGAAAUGCAAAAGUUCGACAUGUUGAUUGGGCAGGGAAUGAUGUUUGAAGAUGCCAUAGAUUCUCUGAAUAACAUCGACCAAUUCAAUUAUUUUGUACAAUUCCCCUUUAUUCUGAAAUCGAGUGACAUUUACCCUCGUGUUAACAUUGGUCAAGCAGUGGACACCAUGAUUGCAGAGGUCACUGCAUCUUAUAACGCUCCAUCAGCAAUGCUAUUUGACCACAAAUGUUUCAUAAAAGAGGCUAUAACGGACCAAAUGCUAUCGUAUAUGCCUGAUAUAUCUAAAGGGAUAUGCCAUAUAGUCAUUCCCAAUAUAGAAGACACUCAUCUGAGCAUAAACAAUGAAUUUGGAUUCAUAAAAACUGCAUACACAAAUUCAGAAUCAACCGCAAAUCCAAUUUGGAUUCCUUGCUUUAUAACGUUCAAUAACGGUACUUUGAGUUUAACUCCAUCAGAUAGGGUAAUGGCGCACCAGUAUAGCGACAAGACAAUCGAGAUUUUAGUAACAUCGGUAGCUUAUUCAAUAUCGCAUGAUACAAUUGAAGUUCUAGGUGGCAUAAAAGUUCUUGACGAACAAAUCCAGACAGUUAUACGCGUAGUAGAAGAUUCGUAUGUAGACGCAGGGUUGAUGCCAGAUCAUUCGAUUAUUGAAGACGGAUCACUUACGCUGAGGUCCCACGUGCAUCUGUUGGACAUCUGGAAUGCUAUAUCGCAAGCUUAUCCCGAAUAGAUCCGUGCAUUAGGGAAUAUAUUAAUCGCAGAUAAAAAAUAUGACCAUUGUUAUUACGUGUCACAUGGAAGUUUUAUAAAGGUUGCCUAUUCAUACCACAAUAUGUUCAUUUCAACAUUAUGCAAAGACUGGCAUGCUCUAUGCUAAUUAUUCUUAGAUAAGUUUUCGUA